CCCCCCUCUCUCUAUCUCUCUCUAUGUAUACGAACAAAAACGACAUCAUAACACAAAACAAAACGCAACAACCUAACUGGUAAUAAAAUGGCAUUUCUUACAAUAAUUUCCACGAAUGACAACAUUUCUCUCCUCUGUGUCAUCUUCUUCCAUCUCUUUCUCAGAUCGGUUAUGAGAAAUGACUGGUAAUUAAUGAAGUUUCCUGGCAGGAUUCGCAUUAAUCUUGUUAGCCCAUUUGAACCAGGAGAUAAGCUAGAAAGAAAGAGAAAAUCCUAAUUCAAGAAUCUUGGGAUUUAUUUUGAUAUAAUUUGAUUUGAUGUGUAGAUGUGUGGAUUAAAAACUGUAUUUCUUGGAUGAACGGUUGAAACUUGUGGUUUAAUAUUUGGGUUUUUUGGUGUUUCUGUGGGUUGUGCAAAGAUAGAUGGGAAGGGGAGAGCAAAUCAAUUAUAAGAGGAAUCUCAAGAAAAGGGUUAGGGAUAAAGAUAAGGGUUCCGAUGAUUCCGAUGAGGAUUACGUGGUUGAGAAUGAGGAGAAUUUAUCAGAUGAUGAUUCGGAGGAUUGUCAAGUUUCUUUAGAUGGGUAUGCAUCGGAGGAGUGUUUUGAUAGUUUUGUUGAGGAAGAGGAGGGGGGAGAGGGCGAGGAGGAGGAAGAGUUUAGGAAGCCUGUUAGAUCAAAGAAGAAAAGGAGUUCUUUAGGGAAGGGGAAAAUUGAGGGUAAAGCUUCUCGGAAGAGAAAAAGGGUAUCUCAUAAGGAUGAGGAUGAGGAGGACGACGACGACGACGACGAGGAAUAUGUUAAUGGUGACGGGGAUGAAGAUGAUGAAGAAUUCACACUAGAUGAAGAAGAUGAUGAUUGUUUGGAUGAGGAUGAUGAAUUGACAGCGGAAAGGAAGAACAGAAAUGUGAAAGUGGUCAAGAGGAGAGUGCCAAAAGGGGGUUCUCGAAGAGUUACAAAAAGGAGGAGAAAAUCUAGGGUUAUGAAGAAGCCUUUGGCAAAGAAGGGGAUAAAUAAACGUAGGUUGAAAAGGAAAGAGAGGUGUGAAUAUGAAGAUGAAGAUGAUGGUGAUUUUUUAGCCGAUAGCCCAGUUGCGAGAGAAAAGAGCAAGAAAACUUCAGGUGUGAGAAAGAGGAAAUUUUCUGUGAAUUCAGAUUCGGAUUUUGUGUCUAAUGGAUCAUCUGAUUAUGAAUAUACCCUUUCUGAGGAAGAGAGAGAGCAAGUGAGGGAAGCCAGUCAGUUGUAUGGAGAAUUGAAGACUAGCUUGAGAAGUUCGUCAGUUGGGAAGAGAAUUCAGGAGAAUGGGGAUUUAUGCCAGCAGACAAAACCAGUAGGAAGAAAAGGUAAGGAGAAGGUAAAGGAAGAAAAAUCAGAGUUAGGAAAGCAGGUAUGUGGAAUUUGUCUUUCUGAAGAGGACAAAAGAAGAUUGAGGGGAACAUUGGACUGCUGCAGUCACUAUUUCUGUUUCACUUGCAUCAUGGAGUGGUCCAAAGUAGAAUCUCGUUGCCCUUUGUGCAAGCAAAGAUUUAGCACAAUAGCUAAAAAUGGAAGAUCAGCAAUGGGGGUUGAUCUGAGAAAUAUGGUGAUAGAAGUCCCCAUGCGUGACCAGGUUUAUCAACCAACUGAGGAAGAAAUCAGGAGCUACAUUGAUCCAUAUGAGAAUGUGAUAUGUAAAGAAUGCCAUGAAGGCGGGGAUGAUGGCCUCAUGCUACUAUGUGAUCUCUGUGAUUCAUCUGCGCAUACCUACUGUGUCGGUUUGGGGCGGCAAGUACCCGAAGGCAAUUGGUACUGUGAUGAUUGCAGGCCUGUUGCUCUUGGAUCCACAAGUUCCCAAGCUCAAGAUCCUUUGCCUGAUCAAUGGAAUUCAAGCAACAACAUAUUUAAUAGACCAUCACCCAUUUUGAAUUUAGAUGAAGGUUUAGAUCCCAAUCUAGAGUCUGCACCUCGUUUAACCAUCCCACAAGUAUCUGGGAGUCUAUCGUCUCCCAGAUUUCUGACUGGAGAUAUUCAUGUAGCUUCACCAGUGUCUGUAGCAGGGGCAUCUACUCUCUCUGGGAGACGUCAUCUACACCGUCAUAUACGGACUCUCCUUUCAAAUAGGAAUCCAUCAGCAAAUAUGAAUCCUGUGGCUAAUAGAAUCGAUGUCAUCUCAGCUGCCAGCUUGCAUAGUGAUUUCUUAAACUCACAAAUUGAUCCAGUUAGGGAAACGGCUCUUCAAAAUUUAAGGACACAAGAAAUUGGGACAUCAGAACAGACACCCAACAAGGAGAGAUUGCAGGCUAAUGAUCAUCCCUCUUCUUCAUUUCAAAAUAGGGAUUCUUAUUAUCUGACACCAAAUCAAUCGAGAAGGCAAACAGUUCAGGAUCCAACUAUUACAACUGCUGACAGACCUGUCAAUUUGACUUUAUGGCCUGAUCUCAUGGGGAUCAACUCAAUACCUGGUUUUGAACAAUCCCAUCAGUUCAGAAGCAGAUCAAGCACUGAGCCCGAUGGUACUUUGUCCUCAUACCAAGUGAGAGAACAAAGCCAGUUCUAUGACGUGAAGGAACAAUUGCAAUCAAUGGUAAAAAACCACUUGGGAAGCUUGUCACAAGAUAUUGAAUUAGACCAUGAUACUUUCAAGGAUAUAGCAAGGAGUUCUACACAUACCAUAUUAGCUGCUUGCGGGCUAGAGCACAAGAGGAGUGAAGUUCAUACAGUGCCCCUACCAUCAACUUGUACACACAAUGAUAGAGUGGUCGCUGGGCAGACAAGUGUGAUGAGAGGUUGUUGCUCAUCUUGUUUUGAUUCUUUUGUAAGGAACGUAGUGAAGAGGAUCAUGGACACAAGACCGCGACAGUGGUUGACUUUAGGUCUUUAGGGUUUGAUGCAGGGAGAAACUAUUUACACUCCCUUUUUUUGUUAGAGUUGGACAAACAUUUAUGGUUAACUUGUUCAUAAACAUAAAUGACUUGACAUUGAGCACACAAAAGCUCCAUUCUUAUUUGAUCAUGAUACUCAUUGUUUAGACUGACUAAA